UACAGCCACUCCACAAUCUGUCGGACCAGGGAGAAUAUCAGCAACACUCACCUCCAGAAAACAAUAAGGUGGUUAAACCGGCCUACGGCUUGGAAGAUGGAUAAUUCAAAACAUAAAUUUGUUUACUGAUAUAAGCCGUUGCGAGAGGAUUGUUUCACCAGCGGAAUAUUGAUACAUCUGCAGCUGGACUAACAAAUCUUCCUGAACAUGCUCCGCUUCCUGCGCCGGACUCUGGGCCGGCGAUCCAUCCGCAAGCAUGCUGAGAAGUCUCGGCUCCGGGAAGCCCAGCGAGCCACAACACAUAUCCCUGCUGCUGGAGAUGCCAAGUCCAUCAUCACCUGCCGAGUGUCUUUGUUAGACGGCACAGAUGUCAGUGUUGACUUGCCGAAAAAAGCCAAAGGUGUAGAGCUGUUUGACCAGAUCAUGUAUCACCUGGACGUUGUAGAGAAGGAUUACUUUGGCCUGCGCUUCAUGGAUUCAGCCCAAGUUCCGCACUGGCUUGAUGUCACUAAAAGCAUCAAAAAACAAGUCAUAAUUGGACCACCAUAUUGCCUCCAUAUGAGAGUAAAGUUCUACUCCUCUGAGCCCAACAACCUGCACGAGGAACUAACAAGAUACCUUUUUGUACUACAGUUAAAGCAAGACAUUCUCAGUGGCAAGUUAGAGUGCCCAUUUGACACAGCGGUGGAGUUGGCUUCAUACUCUUUGCAGGCUGAACUGGGUGAUUGUGACCCUGCCGAGCAUGGUCUUGACCUGGUGUCAGAAUUCCGCUUCAUCCAAAACCAGACGGAAGAAAUGGAAGUAGCCAUCUACAAUGCCUGGAAGGAAUGCAGGGGCCAGACGCCAGCACAAGCUGAGAUAAACUACCUGAACAAGGCCAAAUGGCUAGAGAUGUAUGGAGUGGACAUGCAUAUGGUCAAGGCACGAGACGGAAAUGAAUACAGCCUGGGACUGACCCCCACUGGAGUGCUCGUGUUUGAGGGGGAAACUAAAAUUGGCCUUUUUUUCUGGCCCAAGAUCACACGUCUGGAUUUUAAGAAAAGCAAACUCACUCUGGUGGUAGUGGAGGAUGAUGAACAGGUAAUGCAGGAGACAGAAGAGGGGAAAGAGCAGGAGCAUACGUUUGUGUUCCGCAUGGACCAUCCCAAGGCCUGCAAGCAUCUGUGGAAGUGUGCUAUUGAGCACCACGCCUUCUUCCGCUUGCGUGGCCCCGUCCAGAAGAGCGCAGAACGCCCUGGGUUCAUCCGCAUGGGCUCACGUUUCAGAUACAGUGGGAAGACAGAAUAUCAGACCACUAAGGCCAACAAAGCCAGACGAUCUGCCUCAUUUGAAAGGAGACCAAGCCGCCGUUACUCUAGAAGGACUAUGCAGAACAGAGGUCAUAACAGAUUCACGGACAGCCACAAUAAUGGAGUAAACCCAAGCACAGAAAUGAAGCCUACCCACAUACGAUCUCCCUGGUCCGGUAUGCCCGUGGUAAGCAGCCCACCCUCUGCCCCAGGCCCCAUGGAAAUCGAAACUCUCCCCAGGAGCCCUGGUGGCAGCCAGUCAGACAAGAGGAGCAUGCCGUUAGUGACUGAUCUCCUUGAGACGAGCAUAGAUGAGGUUCUUCGGGUUCCAGUUCCAAUAGUGACCGCAGAAGAGGUGGGACCCAGCGCUGCUCAUUCCACCACCAGCACAGUCACCGAAGAGCCCCUCUCACUUACUGAAGCUGUGGCUUGGUUCAAGCAAAUGAAGAUUGAAAACACACCAGUGCCUACUCCAGCCAGAAACAAUGUCAACCUCAACAUGAACAACCAGGAGGAAGUAGUGAAACGGAGAGAGAAAAGUUUGAACAGUGUGGGUAGCAGUCCUGUCCUAAACCACCUCAAAGCUCCUGAGGAACUCAAGAGCAACAUCCUGAAAGCUCAAGCAGAGGCAGCACUCAAGGAUACCAAAGAUGAGCUUGGAUUGACUGCAGACAAGAACUGUAACCUGCAGGAGGCAGCAGCCAGACUGACGGCUCGUGGGGAGCAUAUGGGAAGCACCACUUCUCUGCCAGUGAGCGGGCGAGCAGAACGACAGGAGUCCUGGGACCUGCUUAACCAGCCCAGUCUGCUUCCCAGCUCUACCAGCAGCCUGGAAGCAAAUGUGGACGACUUCAUCUCCUCUGCGUCCCCAUUGUCACCAGAUCCAGUGAAUGAAGUCCAGUCACCCAAGGUCAGUGUUCUGGAUCCUGAGCCGCUUACAGCCUCUCUGAUUGAUAACCUGAUAGACUUCACAGACCCCAUCCCUGUAGUACCAGCCCCUAAACCCACAAUCACUCCUCGAUGGAUCAUUCCAGCAUCGGCACCUACACAGUCUGGCACUUUUACUAAUGGCCUCCUUGACUGUGCUGCAAUGAUGCCAUCUCACCAUCCUGAGGGGGGCACUAUUUCCCCACUCCCCCAUGUCACUCAUACUCACAAUGUGAUUGCCUCCAGUAUUGUGGCACACCCAACCAUGGGCGACAACCACAAACCCAAGGGUCUACUGACCACUGAACUCUGAAAGGGACAUCUUGAGCACAUGCCCAACAACUGUCACUGGAACAUCAACUUUUUCACUGAUUACAACAUUCCGGUCAAACACAUUCUAGUUCCUUACAGUGCAGGCAUGGACAACUGGAUACAUCAGCUCCAUCUUCAACAACACUGGCAUCGGACAGACCGCUUCCUAAGCCCUGAACCCACCACUGAUGACCAAGAAAAAAAUAGACUGAGUUUAAAUGCACAAAAGGCUAACAACAGGCACGUGGGCCAGUGUUUACAUACCACCAUUCUUUUAAUAACUUUUAUAGCUCUUUUGAAUAGUGACUUGAAACUGCCCAAUUUUGUAGCACCAAUGCCCGGGUCUCUGCACAAUGUUUUAAGCUGUUUCAGGGUCAGGUAGCAAUAUCUAAAAUAGUUUUGCUCUCCUACCUACUGUCCACUUCCUGUUCAGAUGAUUGGAUGACUGUGAAAGAGCUUGUGAACCUUGAAGAGUGAUAGACUACUUUUGAGAACUGCUGUUGUUGUUCCUACAAAUUUUUAUUUUUUGUUUUAUUUUUGCCUUUAUUUUGCUCUGUUUUCUUUGUAAUGAUAAGAUAGUUGCAUUCAGUAUUAAGCUUUUAAGUACGGUACUCCAAACUGCACAGUUGUUAGAGGACUAUUGUGUAGCAUUGCAAAACAUGCAGUUAUGAAGUCAUUGAACCAAGUUUUCCUGUCUCAACCUUCUACCAAUGCUGUUUUUAUCCAGAUUUAGUUAUGACCUGCCUUAUUUUAAUGGUAAAUGUAAGAUUUUUGUUUGCGUUAAAUGUACACAUUUAAUGAUAAAAAUAUCAGAACAUGGAACAUUUUGCAAUGUAUUUUGUUUUGGCAUGAAUUAAUUCAUGUGUAACUGAAGUAAUUCACUGGAUGUUGUGCGUAUAUGUGAUAGCAGCUCUCACAGUAUGUGUUCUUUACACUGUUGAUAUAUGCUGGAUUACAUGUUAUGUAAGACACAGGAGCAGCUGAGGCCUCGGUUAAAUCACUGGCUCAUACAGAACUGUAUUUAAACUGCUGAAGGCUUGAAAAAUGUGAACUUGCUAAAACUUUUUCAUUUUGACAGAAUGAAGAUCAAACAACUGCUUACAGUCUGUGCCAGCAGUUACUACUAAAAAGAGGCCUUUCGUGGACACUUCUUUCACUGUACAUUUCACAAACAUUUGCUGCUAUUUUUCAGUAUACUCAAAAGUGCAUCACACAGUAACCAUAUAAUCACUGGAUCUGAAUUAAUUGGGUUGAAAUGGACAUGUUAGUUGGAUUUCCAGCAUCUGUGGAUCGUCUUCGGAAGCGCAACUUUUUCUAUAAUUAAUUUGUGUGAAUAAUUACAAGUUAGAUAUCUUUGAAUAUGUUUAUAAGGUGUUCUGAUUUCAUCUGUAGUCUGUUUUUACUGGAAAAACUGUUCAGUUAUAUAGGGCAGUUGUAGGAAGAAUCUGAUAUGGACAUCACAUCUAAUUCUUCCUGUUUGCUGUCAAGUUUAUUUACAUGUAUUAAUGGCAUCUGUAGAUGUCACAGCAAUGAGUUGUAUUAUAAAUAUACACUGACUGAAA